AUGGUGUCUCACUAUGACAGGAUGAAGAGGUCUUCCAUUGCUCCUUAUAGGAGAAGUAAUGAUAGUAGUAAUAGAAUUGAUAAGAAGACUGGCAAGAAGGGGCAUGGUCUGAUGUCCAAGUUGAAGGAUUUGGUAUCUUUCGGUUGGGCGCAGGAGCAUCACAAAGAUAAUGACUUUAGUGCCAGAGACACUGGAAGAGAAAGAACUAAUGUCAGUAAAGGAUCCUAUGCAGCAGUUCCAGGCGGCUUUUUUAGUUCUGAUCAGAGUUCUUUUAUAUUAAGGGAGAGAAGUCGGAUAAUGAAUGAAUCAACGAUGCAUAGUGAAGCUGACACAUCAAAUGCCAAACUUGCCGACUUUUUUGCAAAGAAAGGGAAUGAACCCUUAUCUGAGAUCGAAAUGGAAGGUGUCUUAGCACUAAUGCAAAAAUCAAGAGGUGUUGCAGACGAAUCCUCCUUUCUAGGUAACUCCUCAAGAUUGCUUGGCGAUAUCUCCAACGCGAAUGCGUCUCAAGUUUUAAGAACUGGUAAUAUCUCAACCUCUUCUGCUCUUAAUGUUCCAAAUUUUAAGCCAAGUACUGAUGAAAGCAGGAACAUAAAUGCAAAAGAAGUCGAGAAUAGUACAAUUGUAAGCACACCAUUAAAGAGGAAAAACUUCGACUAUUCAUCAAUCAGAUCACCAUACCGUACUGUCAUUUACAGAUUUGAUGACAGCAAUAAGAAGAAAAUAUCAUCAGUUUUUGAUAAGCCUGAAUCAUCUAGUCAAGAAGUUGACGAAACUCCUAAACCUUCUAACUCUAAACCUCUAAGCAACACCGCUUCUGCACUUGUUUCUUUGUUAAGCGACAAGGAUGCUGCAAAAGAGUCGAUUAAGCCAAUGGCUAAUCCAUAUACCUCCCAUCUUACUGCUCUGAGGAAGUCUAGAGAAGAUCUACCUAGUAUCAAUGAUAAGAUAACUGUUCCAAAGAGACGUCAAAGAUCUGAAACAGAAGAUAAAGAGGAAGCCAAAAUCACAUCCAGCAACGGAGAGGCCCAAGAAGACACAAAUAUACCAGAAGGAAUAGCAUCUAGGAAAAAUGAGGAAGCACAGGAUUCGUUCACCAAAUAUAAGCCUAUGCGUUCUUCAUCAUUGCGUGAUUCCGUCUCUUUAGCACAUACAGAGUCAAAUAACGAGAAACAAAUGAAUUCUCCAAAAUUUGUUCCUGCUCCACUUGAUAAGAAUGAAACUAAGGAGACUGCAAAGUCCGAUCUAACACUAACAUCAUCUGAUAAACAAUCAGAAUCAAAACCAUCCUUUUCCUUCCCUGUAAAUUCCACAACCAAAAGCACUUUUAUGGGUACUAAAAAGGAAUCGACAUCCCCUGCUGUCAAUAGCCAGGCAGUCAAAAAUGUUUCAAACAAUGAAACCAAAGAAAUCAAACCACAGGUUCAUGAAUGCAUUUAUGAUUUUGGCAAUCCAACCUCUUCCGGAUUCAAAAAAACCGAUAUUGACGACACCUUAGUUAGCAAAUAUAGAGGCCAAUUUGUAUUCUAA